ACACUUCACAGAGCUUCUCUCCUAUCUUUGGUUAUCUUUCUUCUCAUCUGUCAGUCCCUCCACCUCUCUCUACUUUUACUACUAUCUUCCUCUUUCCCAAUAGCUUCAUCUGCCUCUCUGCUGAUUGAGAGACAGAUGAACAUUAACUCAGUGUUGAGUUAAUGUUUGAUAUGCUGCUAGAGAUAAAAAAAAAGGUCUUUUGGUGGUUAUAUUAAUCUCAUUAACUCAGUGGGUCUACUGUAUGUGAGGCACAUCUGUGUUUCCUCAGCUUCACUUAUGCUUUGUUGUUAGACCACCUGGACUUAGUGCGUAGCUUUAUUCAGUCUUUGCUAUUCCGAGCUGUCUGCUCUGUGUUAUCUUCUGGAUAGUUGUUCCCCUUUGGGUUGCUUCUUGUUAGUUUUGCCAUGAAAAUCAUAGGUAGGCUGUUGAAGUGGCUUUGGUACCACAGAAACUACUUCAUCAUCAUCAUCACUCCGCUUGUGCUUCUUCCUCUGCCACUCAUCAUCCCUACACCGGAAGCCAGAUGUGGUUAUGCUAUCAUCCUCAUGGCUCUGUACUGGUGUACAGAGUGUAUGCCUCUGGCUGUGACUGCCCUACUGCCAAUCAUCCUCUUCCCUAUGAUGGGCAUCAUGAAGGCUGGAGCGGUCAGUGUUGAGUAUCUGAAAGACUCUAACAUGCUGUUCAUUGGAGGCCUGUUGGUGGCCAUCGCAGUGGAGAGGUGGAACCUUCAUAAACGCAUCGCUCUUCGAGUUCUGCUGCUGGUUGGUGUUCGCCCGGCCCUGUUAAUGAUGGGCUUCAUGUUCGUCUCAGCCUUCCUGUCCAUGUGGAUCAGCAACACGGCAACAACAGCCAUGAUGCUGCCCAUCUCCCAAGCUGUGCUGGAGCAGCUGAAGUCCACAGAGGCCCGGGCAGAUGAACGAGAUUUCCAGGCUGCAGCCGAGGACAACCAGGCAUUUGAGCUUGAGAUCAGUCAAACUAAACAGGAAAAUAAGGACGAGAAACAGAUGGACACCAAGGCUCAGCUGGAGGACACAGUGUAUGAAAAUGAGUGGAGUCCAGAGUCACUGCAGGAGUCCAAGAAAAAAGCGUUGGAGGAGAAGUACGAUCUCCUGACCAAAGGGAUGAGUCUGAGUGUGUGUUACUCUGCCAGCAUCGGAGGCACGGCCACGCUCACCGGCACAACCCCGAACAUCAUCCUUAAGGGUCAAAUGGACGAGCUCUUCCCUGGGAAUGGUGAUGUGAUCAACUUUGCCAGCUGGUUUGGCUUUGCUUUCCCCAACAUGGUGCUCAUGCUGGUGUUGACCUUCAUCUGGCUUCAGUUUAUGUUCCUGGGCUUCAACCUGAAGCUGUCAUUUGGCUGCGGCAGGAGAAAUGACAGAGAUAAGGAGGCGUACAUGGUGAUGAGGCAGGAGUACAAUAAGCUGGGACGCAUGAAGUUUGCUGAGUGGGCAGUGCUCACCAUCUUUGUCUUGCUGGUAGCCCUGUGGUUCACCAGGGAGCCGGGCUUCAUAGACGGCUGGGCAACAGUGCUGUUCAAUCAGAAGGGAGAUAGUUUUGUGUCCGAUGGAACCGUCGCUAUCUUAAUGUCGAUGCUCUUCUUUAUCGUCCCCUCUCGGAUGCCCACGUGUAGAGGCUAUGGUCAAGACGACGCAGGUGAACUGUUAACUCCACUCACUCUGCUAAACUGGGAUGUGGUCCACGAGCGGAUGCCCUGGAACAUCAUCCUGCUGCUGGGAGGAGGCUUCGCUCUGGCUGCUGGCAGUGAGGAGUCAGGUCUGUCCAAGUGGCUCGGCGAAAGCUUGGCACCUCUGGAGAAAAUUCCCCCUUUCGCCAUUGCCAUACUGCUCAGCCUGCUGGUGGCGACGUUCACCGAGUGCUCCAGCAACACAGCCACCACCACCCUGUUCCUGCCAAUCCUGGCCUCAAUGUCCAGAGCCAUUAAGAUACAUCCACUGUACGUGAUGAUUCCCUGCACCAUCGCUGCCUCUCUGGCCUUCAUGCUGCCUGUGGCCACACCACCCAACGCCAUCGCCUUCUCUUUUGGAAAACUCAAAGUCAUCGACAUGGUGAAAGCCGGCUUCAUACUGAACAUCAUUGGGAUUUUGACUGUUAAUUUAGGCAUCAACACCUGGGGAUACGCCAUGUUUGACAUGGGCAACUUACCUCAUUGGUUCAACAAUACACAGAACGCUACACAAGGCAACCCUUGAGUGAGGGAGGGCAAAGAGAGAUGGAGAAAGUGAAUGACAGAAUUGUUUUUUUGUUUUUUUAAAGUCCCCCUUGAAGGUUUCUCUAUAAAAAAGCCUAAAAUAUUCAUGACUAAAUAAGCAACACAUUUAAAAAAAAAAAAAAGCUUAAGAGGGGAGCUAAGAACCAAGUUUCACUUAGCAGUGGUGCACCACAUACUCAUAUAUAAACCUGUAUGACUAUAAAACCUUGGAAGACCUUGGGAAAAAAAACUGUGAUUGAUUUACAACCAAAACUGUGAUAAACGUAACGCGCUAUCAGACUAUGAGCUCUAUUAUGAGACAGACUGUCUGGUAUUGUUCAGUACUUCCUUGUGUCAUUCCAGUGGAAAAAAAAAAAAAAGUGUUCAUUAGAUAAAAACUGAGGUAAUUUCCUUGUACACAUUUCCCUGAAUGUGACGGCAUGUUAUUGAUUUAUUUAUCACUCACAAAUGAUGCAAAGAUGAAGUACACAACAGUGUGAUGUUUACAGACAAUAUG